GUCAAGGUCAAAAUAAUCCAAGCUGUGUUAGUUAUUUUAUAUAAUUACCGUUUUAAAUUUGAAUUCUUUUCACAGAUGUAAAAACCAAUGGGUCUUCGGUAAUGGAUGGAGUUGAUAUAAAAACCAUGAAUAUAAUACUCCAUAAGGAUCUUUCGUCAAGAGAUGUAACCACUAUCGAGUCAAUUCAGGAGCAACAAAUUCAGGAUGUAACCACUGUCGAGUCAAUUCAAGAGCAACAAAUUCAGGAUGUAGCCACUGUCGAACCAAUUCAGGAGCAACAAAUUCAGGAUGUAGCCACUGUCGAUCCAAUUCAGGAGCAACAAAUUCAGGAUGUAGCCACUGUCGAACCAAUUCAGGAGCAACAAAUUCAGGAUGUAGCCACUGUCGAGUCACUUCACGAGCAACAAAUUCAGGAUCAUCCGGUGGCACAUUGUGCACCUGAUGUGUGUGAACGUCACUUUCACUUUUCACAAGUCACUUUUAACUAUGGUACUCCUGGAAAAAUUACGGACUCUACCUCGAUACCAUGGCCGUGGACUGUCGGUGAACUAAGCACCGAUAUCGGCAGUUUUCUGUUCACAUACGCUAUAACGAAGAUGGAAAACGACGAUAAAUUCCCGGUUGUAGAAAAAAGUAUACAGCUUUGCGCCAACAAAGAACUUCGCUACUUCGUGUAUGGAAGUGUCGUUAAGGUACACGGAUGUAAACUCCCUCAAAUCUUGGAGGACAUUGCGUCGCUACCGCAAGCUUUGAAAAAGUUUCAAAAUAUAAAUGUGUGCAACGGUCUCGGCACCAUCAACGUUCAUCAUCUGUCGGCGGAUAGUGCGUUUAAAGAUUAUGUCGAUUGAUGGCGUUCCAAAAACUGCACAUUGAUCUCAAAACGGAAGAGAUGUGACCACUGCAGGAACAUGAGAAACGUAGUGCACAUGAAAGAAGCGAGAUCGAAAACGAAAGUAUCGUUAAAACGUGUAUGUCGAGUUUCCAAUCCGAUAGAUCAAAGGAAGUUAAUCGCGCUGCGCAAAAAAUGUUUCC